ACGGAGAUGAGUUCUCCGUAAACGUGAUAAGCAUGGACAUUUCCAAGUUUUCUGAUCCAGACUUUGACGUUAAAGAAUGGGUGAACGGGGCUCUGAGGCUUCCCAAAGACUCCAAGACAUCAGUGGAUGCCCAUGCCUCAAUGCUUGUAAUGAAACUACAGCUUUUUAUACAGGAGGUUAAUAACGUCCUAGAGGAGACUGGUGGUCAGGUGGUUCAGAGUCUCCCUAGGAUCCUGAGAGAUGUAGAGGCAGUGAGACAGGAGGCACUGUUACUAAGGGACCAGAUGCUGGUUGUCAAGGAAGACAUUAAAAAGGUCGAGACUGAGACAUUGCACUCAAUGCAGAGGCUGGUUGAACUGGAUUCUGUGAAGACUAGAAUGCAAGACACCCAGCAAGCUUUACAAGAAGCUGACAAUUGGGCUACGCUAGUACUUGACGUUGAACAGGUAUUUGAGACUCAAGACGUUGAUCAGAUAUCAGAGAAAGUCAUUAGGAUGCAACAAAGUCUUAAUGUUCUUCAUGAUGUGCCCGACUAUGAAGAUCGUCGAAAACUGCUCGAGUCACUUAAGAAUCGUCUUGAAGCUCUCCUUUCUCCAAAAUUAAUCACCUCUUUUAAUAAUCAUAACACAAUUGAUGCACAAAGACUAGUGGAUGUGUUUAAAGGGAUGGAGAGGGAGGGGCGAGUGAAGGAGUAUUACAUUCAAUGUCACAAGAAUACAGUUCAGCAGCUCUGGCAGUCAUUGCAAGAUAAAAAGGAUACUUCCCUUAGGGAGAAUCUCAACACUCUUUACAAUGAACUCCUCUCAAAAUGGCAGCUCGAGAUGGGCUGGUGUUCUCAGGUUUUCACGUCAUCUCUUGGUAUGCUAGUGAAGGUUUUUGGUGAGAGCAUGAAUGCAUUGUCUUCAUCAUUGGGCCAGUCUCUUCAUGGGGCAGUACAUAAGAGUCAAGAACCAGUCACAACUCUGAUUGAGCUGAGACAUAUUGUGUUAAAGUUUCUGAAGAAUUUUUCAAAGUCUUUACAGUCUGUGGAUCUUUCAGUUUCUGGUCCUAUAUUGUUCCCGCUGGUUGAGAGCAUUCAUUUGCCUUAUUGCCAGCUCCUAGUUCAGUACGGCUCAUUCCAGCAGCAAGCCCUCAUGAAGACUCUCUUUAACAUCAAUAUGAUUGAUGCUAACUUUGACGAGACUCUAAGGACUGUCUCCUCUACUGUAUCAAAUGUGAUGUCCUCCUCUCAUCUCUCCAUUGAGAACUGUCUCCAGCUCACACAAGGCUGGGGGAUCGUAUCAGUUAUUAAAGCAAUUGAGGCAUAUCUUGUUCAGUUUACAAAGAAGCUGUCAUUGGUGCUUCAAGACCUUCAGGGUCGGUAUCGUCAGGCAAAGUCCGAGACUGGUUCCGAAACGGGUAGGAACGGGUUUCAAGAUGAUUGGAGUAGCCUACAGUGGAUAUUCCAGUUCAUUCAGCACUGUGGUGAUUUCCUUCUUCGUGUCUCGGCCUUCAACUCGAGUGUUUGUAGCCAGGUGCUGUCCCUUAGUGAUACCUACACGAGUCCCGCCAAUUCUCAGAUCCCGUUCAACGUGUUUGACUAUCUCUCUAUAUACCAUCCAGAGGAGCAUACAGCAGUCAUUGGAUUAUUGGGAGCCAUUGAGAAAAAUGGUGAUGGGCAUGUGUUGCUCCCAGCAACGACCAAUCAGAUUCAAGUUUUGGUGAAGCAGGCCCACACGUUAGCCUUUGAUGUCGUGUUCUCUCAAUUGAAACAAAAACUGAUUGAAAUUCCUAAACUGAAAGUUUGGUCCAGGAGUACCUCUUCUCCAUUAGAGAGUCCUCAGGCUUUAACUGAUGAUUUGCCAUCAUUCAGUCUUUCUCCUUUGACCUAUAUCACUGAAAUUGGUGACCAUUUGCUUACUCUUCCUGAACAACUUGAGCCAUUCACUUCACAAGACAAUCCAUCACUAGCUGCAGCAAUGAAGCACGGGAGACUUCCAUUCACUGAAGAUGAUGGCGAGAAUCGUGAUCUUAGUCUCUCUGAUAUGUGGUUGGAUGCCAUUGCUCGUGGUACCAUGGAGACCUAUGUUGAGAGUAUCUUAAAGAUACCGCGACUAACUGAUGCAGCUGCACUACAACUAUCAACUGAUAUUGGUUAUUUGUGUAAUGUAUUGGCUGCAUUAGAUCAGCCUCCUAUUCCUGCCCUGACUGCUUUAGAGAAAUUAUUAAAAUCCGACAAAGAAACGUUUCCUCGUUUUAAAGAUGACAAGCACACAGAGAGUGCAUUAUAUCAAAGCAUUGCAAGGCUAAGAACUUGGGAUUAAAAAUUGUUUUUUUUU